AGCAGUGAUCAGGGAAUGCCCCAUUUCUCAUCUAACAUUGAGCCUAAGCAGAUUAAAGUCUGGUUUCAGAACAGAAGGUGUAGGGAAAAGCAAAGGAAGAGUCUUGCCGCUUCAGGCCGUGAACAGAAGCUGAAUGCCAUGAAUAAGCUGCUGAUGGAGGAGAAUGAUCGGCUGCAGAAGCAGGUGUCGCAGUUAGUGUACGAGAAUGGCUACUUCCGUCAACAGACGCAGACUGCCGCGCUGGCGACCACGGACACUAGCUGUGAGUCGGUGGUGACGAGCGGUCAGCGCAAUUUGACACCCCAGCAUCCGCCAAGAGAUGCUAGUCCUGCUGGACUUUUGUCCAUUGCAGAGGAAACUUUAGCAGAGUUUCUUUCAAAGGCAACUGGAACUGCUGUGGAGUGGGUCCAAAUGCCUGGGAUGAAGCCUGGUCCGGAUUCCAUUGGAAUCGUUGCUAUCUCACAUGGUUGUGCUGGUGUGGCAGCACGAGCUUGCGGCCUAGUAGGUUUAGAACCUACAAGGGUUGCUGAGAUCCUGAAAGAUCGUCCGUCAUGGUUUCGUGACUGUCGAGCUGUGGAUGUCAUAAAUGUGCUACCCACUGGAAACAAUGGAACCAUCGAGCUGCUCUACAUGCAGCUCUAUGCUCCUACGACACUGGCACCUGCUCGUGACUUCUGGUUGCUUCGGUAUACAUCAGUUUUGGAAGAUGGUAGUCUUGUGGUGUGUGAAAGAUCACUCAACAGCACACAAGGUGGUCCGAGCAUGCCACCCGUGCAGCCUUUUGUCAGGGCCGAAGUGCUCCCUAGUGGAUAUCUGAUAAGACCUUGUGAUGGAGGGGGAUCUAUGAUUCACAUUGUUGAUCACUUGGAUUUGGAGCCAUGGAGUGUACCAGAAGUAUUGCGGCCGCUAUAUGAGUCAUCUACUGUGCUUGCUCAAAAGGCAACAAUGGCGGCGUUACGACAUCUAAGGCAAAUUGCUCAUGAAAUAUCCCAUUCCAGUACCACUGGAUGGGGGAGGCGGCCUGCAGCUCUGAGAGCACUUAGCCAGAGGUUGAGCAGGGGUUUUAAUGAAGCUCUAAAUGGCUUUGCUGAUGAUGGAUGGUCCAUAAUCAAUAGUGAUGGUGUGGAUGAUGUUACUAUUCUUGUUAACUCUUCGCCUAGCAAAAUGAUGAGCUUGAAUCUUGGCUUCUUAGAUGGCUAUUCAUCUGUCACCAACUCAGUGCUUUGUGCCAAGGCAUCCAUGCUUUUGCAGAAUGUCCAUCCAGCAAUACUGUUACGUUUCCUGAGAGAACAUCGAUCAGAAUGGGCUGACAGCAGUAUAGAUGCAUACUCUGCUGCAGCUGUUAAAACUGCUCCUUGCACUUUACCUGGGUCUCAUAUUGCAGGCUUUGGGGGCCAGGUUAUUCUUCCUUUGGCACAUACGCUUGAGCAUGAAGAAUUCUUGGAGGUCCUUAAAUUGGAAAAUAUUGGGCACAUUCAGGAUACUCUUAUGCCUAGAGACACGUUCCUCAUGCAACUCUGCAGUGGUGUAGAUGAGAAGGCUAUUGGGACCUGUUCAGAGCUCGUCUUUGCUCCAAUUGAUGCAUCUUUCGCUGAUGAUGCCCCUUUAUUGCCUUCCGGUUUCCGUAUUAUUCCUCUUGACUCUGUGACUGAAAAUUCGAGUCCGAACCGCACUCUAGACCUUGCCUCUGCUCUUGAAGUUGGACCAACAAAAAGCAGAGUUUCUGGAAAUGCAAUUGGAAGUUGUGGCAGCACAAAAUCUGUGAUGACAAUAGCAUUCCAAUUUGCUUUUGAGAAUCACCUCCAAGAAAAUGUGGCAACCAUGGCAAGGCAAUACAUUCACAACAUAAUAUCAUCUGUCCAAAGAGUUGCUUUGGCUCUCUCACCUUCUCGUCCUGGUUGCAAUAGUAUCCUCCGCUCACCACCAGGAAGUCCUGAGGCAGUCACANCACUUGCUCGAUGGAUCUGCCAUAGCUACAGAUGUAAUUUUGGGGUUGAUCUUCUUAAACCUAUCUCUGGAGGAAGCGAUUCACUUCUCAAAAUACUUUGGCAACAUGCAGAUGCUAUUGUUUGUUGUUCUUUGAAGGCAGUGCCGGUUUUUACCUUUGCAAACCAAGCGGGACUUGACAUGCUCGAGACAACACUGAUUGCGCUGCAAGAUGUUACUUUAGAGAAGAUAUUUGAUGGUCAAGGAUGGAAAAUUCUCUGUGGCGAGUUCCCAAGUAUCAUGCAGCAGGGUUUUGCAUGUUUUCAAGGCGGUAUCUGUGUUUCUAGUAUGGGAAGGCCAGUCUCUUAUGAGAGGGCAGUUGCUUGGAAAGUGAUGAAUGACGAAGAGGAAGCCCACUGCAUUUGCUUCAUGUUCAUAAACUGGUCCUUUGUUUAGAUGCACUUCAAACCAAAAACAUAGGAAGCAAAACCAAAGGAAGCUAAAUUAUCCUAUACAUAAAUCUAUAGCUACUCGGUACUUUUUUGAUACGAGGAACUGUAUCUUUAUAAUCUUAAAGAUUGCAGUCUUUUUUAACAUCCUGGCUAAAAGAAAACCCAACUGCCCUGUUGUUUCCUGCGUGUAUGAAAAUGGUUCACAUUUUAAGGAUAUAUGUUAUGUGCUUCUGAUCGGUCUAUACAUUUCAUGGUUAAUUUAUGUUGUUGUGAACUUUGCAAUAGACUCACAAUUUGCACUUA